CCCUCCCACCUGCCCGGGUCAGCAGCCACCUCUGGUGGCGAGUCCGGCCGCGCCGACCCCGCAACUCCCGGUCGCCCUCACCUGGGAAGGUCGGACCAGGGCCCGGGCGCUGUCCCCGCAAUGCUCCGCGGACUGGUUCGGGUUGCGGCCCAGCGGUACGGGGUCCGUUCGGCGCGGGGUUCUGGAAGCCGGGCCGGGGUCCCGGCGCACGGGGUGGACCUGCACAGCGACACGAUGACCAAGCCCGGGCCGGCCGUGAGGCGUGCCAUGGCCGAGGCGGUCGUAGGGGACGAUGACUACGGCGAGGACCCUAACGUCUGCGGGCUGCAGGAAAAGGCUGCUGAGCUGCUAGGGGUGGAGCAAACCUUGUUUGUGCCCACCAACACCACGGCCAACCUCAUCUCUGGUGAGCACAGGGUGCCUUUCGUUCGCCCUCCAGGUUCGCCCUCCAUGCUUCUCCCCUUUGUGCUGGGUGCCGUAGAGACGAACAUGGUGACGGUGAAGGUGGACGGGCUGCCGCCUGAGGAGCUGUGCGGGCACCUGCAGGCUGCGAGCGCUGGCGAGGUGGCCCCGGCCGGCCACGCGGUGCGCGUGCUGCUAUUUCCCUGGAAGAAGCAGUCAGUCCGUGCCAUGUGGCACCGUGACAUCUCGGCACAGGACACCGAGCUGACAUGCCAGAGCCCUGAGUGCGAGGAGACGGCCCGGGAGCCCGGUGGUUGCCGGUGGCCGCCAGUGCGCCCCGCCAGGCGGGAGAGACGGCGUCCGGCGUCCGCGAGUGGAAGGAGCUGCGAGCCACCAAAAGGCCUGGCUGGCGGGGAGGACAGCUGCCGCCUGAAGCUGCCCUGGGAGCUGGCAGCCCGAAUGGUGCGCCUCCUGGCCCAGAGCCACGGGGUCCGGGUCCACCUUGACAGGCCGGCUGAUGAACGCCGCAGCAGCUCUGCACCUCCUAUGCUGGCAGACGCUGGUCUGAGCCCCUUUAACCCCUCCCCAGAUGGGGCCACAGUGUCUGCCCUUCCCUGUCCCCUCAUGACUCCUCCCCCAGCCCCAAGGACAGAGACGCACACCCAGGGGCCAAGUGGGCAAGACUGCCUCCUCUUCCUCCCAGGGCCUGGUUGGGGGUCCCUGGUUGGGGGAACCAAGGACUUCAUCAAAGAAGCCUGGCGCCUCCGGAAAGCCCUGGGUGGGGGGACGCGCCAGGCGGUGGUGCUGGCCGCUGCUGCCCUGGUGGGACUUGCUGAAGCCGAGGAGGUGCUGUCGAGGGACCACAGGAACGCCCAGAGAUUCGCCAAAGGGCUCCAGGAACUGGCAUCCAUCUGCUCCGUGGAUCUCAGUGCCGUAGAGACGAACAUGGUGACGGUGAAGGUGGACGGGCUGCCGCCUGAGGAGCUGUGCGGGCACCUGCAGGCUGCGAGCGCUGGCGAGGUGGCCCCGGCCGGCCACGCGGUGCGCGUGCUGCUAUUUCCCUGGAAGAAGCAGUCAGUCCGUGCCAUGUGGCACCGUGACAUCUCGGCACAGGACACCGAGCUGGUACUGAAGAAACGGGAGUUUGUGCUGAGGAAGCUGGGGCCCUGAGCACGGGGUGAUGGAACCCUGUGCCCUGGCUGGGAUGGAGGCAGGCAGUGGAGGUGUCCCCAGGGAGGGGGCGAGAGGGGAGGCGGGAAAGCAGCACCCCCGUUACCUGCUUGUGUCUUGGACACUUAACCACCCACCUGUGUUCAUUCAGCAAACCCCGGGUGCCUCCUGUGUCAGGGACAGGGUGCCCAAGCAGGCACCACAGCCCAGGAGGCAGCCCGGGCGGGGCCUCUGCUCCCACGCACAGGACAGCACCGCCUUGAGCUGGGGCUGGAUGGCGGAGGCCCUACCUGCCACAGGGCGGGGCUAGGGCCGCAUGUUGUAGUCAUCUAACAUGUUUUUACCUUUUUAAAAAAAUAAAA